UAAUACACGCUGCGUUGUUUACCAGCACUGCUCAACAGGUGCAAAUACAAUUAAUUUUUGUUUUCUUUUGCUCAAUCGCAUGCAAACUCUCAAGUGGAUGUAAACAUAACAAAUUAAGAAAUGAGUUCAAAGGGCAAGCCAGGCGCUACGCCAACAACCACAGCAGCAGCGCCCGUCAAGCAGCGAACAAUUGUUACUCCAUGGAAAUCCACAGCCGAAUUCAAAGAAGCAUAUACUCUUAUAUUUGGAAAGAAUGCAACGAGCAGUCAGCUUCGAAUGGCUCUGUCCAUGAUCCGCAUCUGGAAGCUGCGACGAGGCAGUCUGUGCCCAGCGGCAGCUCUCGCCACUGCAGUGAUUGUUCGGGCGCAGCUGGACGACAAGAAGGGCGACUUGAAUCUGGAAAAAAUCUAUGCGCAUGCCAUAAUCCGCUUCUUUAACUUCAUGUCGUCCACCGUGCAAGGCCACAACUGGAGCAGCAUGUACGACAAGGCUCAGGAGUUGGGACUGCCAUCGUUCGUGGUAGACAUAAGGCACAAGUGUUCGCACGGCACGGAAAUGCCACCCGUGGAUCUGUUGAGGGACGCCGCAGAAAUUUGCCUGCAGUGGCUGCAACAAAACUACUGGCUGCCGCUGCAGGAAACCCUCUGCGAUGUGGAUCCAGGCAAACUGGAAGGCAAGGAAAACAUUAAGUUCAGGCAGAAGAUGGCCCACCAGUUAUCCGCCUUCGACCUAGCCCUGGAGUGCCAGAUCAACGGCGCCCAGAGCCUCAAGGCCAUCAAGAAACUGAAGCCAAAAGAGUUCAAUGCCAUAAGGGCAUACUUAUCAAAGAAUAAGCUAAAGACGCCCAAGGAGAUUCUUGACACGGUGAUAAAUAAACUUAACGAAUUGGUCAAGCAAACAUCAACUGUUAGGAAUCUGCCCGAGGUCUACGUUGCGGAACUUAUACGAAUGAAAUAUUUCAUGGGCGUGGGCCUGGAAAUAAGAGACAAUGAGGAACUCAUCAUAGCGGCCACUGAGGGACUCUUUAAACUGAUUGCCAUCCACGGGUUCACCGAAAACGUCUUUGUGGCUCUUGUACACCUGACUGAAAAUGUCCAUGAGCCGGAGGAGCGGCGCUUGGGGGCCAGAUAUUGGGCCCUCAAAAUGAUUGAAACCUUCGCCAUGCUGUCCCGCAUGAAGCGCAUGUUCAAGGAGGAGCUGGAUAAGAAUGACAAGCUGAAGCCCGCGGAUUUCACGUCGCUCAACAGGCGCAUGUUACCGAAAACAAUUCGCACUCUGUUAGCCCACUCUGGCGUAGAUCCAACGCUCACGCUGAUGUUUGGCAACAGCCCAAAGAAUCCAAGAGCUGUGCUGUUUGAUCACGACUUCUUUCUGAAACGAUUUUCGUAUAUGAGUUCAUUCUCAGCACCCAUCCUCAAAGGUUUGAUACCGCUGGCAGAGAUGCCUUUCGAUGUGGAUCCCAUGGAGCAGUUUGAUGAGUUUUUCCGCCCCAAAGUCCGCCAGAACAUCGAUUUGGGUAUUUGGACACUUGAGACAGAAGACAAUUGGUCGAAUUGCGCCCUUGGAGUGCUUCCAACAAUAAAUAAACAAUAAAAAUUACUUUCACUUGAA